UCUCCCAGUUCACAGCACUCAAGUAUGGCUCAUAAAGCCUCCAGUUUACCAGCGGCAUCUGCCUCCCAGCCGUACGAACCGAUUACAAUGACACAUGAACCUGCAACACACGAGAAGGGGACGACGCUCAUUUCCGCAACAGUUGCGCCCGCUACUUCUUGCCAGCCACGGAGUUUUGCUCAAGUAUGGUCCGCGAGUCAAGUUCUCGUGACUGCAGCCAUCCCAGCAGUCGCACUCGUCGCAUGGCUGGUAUGCAUCCACGCCAAUCCGCGCAUCUUCGACACCUUCGCUGGAGAGAAAAUCGGCGGGCACUUCAGUCAAGCAGAAGCGAAAGCCAUCGACAUCAUCACAGGAGCCAUAUUAGCUCCUUUAUUCAUGGCAAGCCUUAAUUAUAUCUGGUUUGCAAACGCACGUGUAUCGGUAGUGAAUGAGCAGCAACGGCGAGCAAUUCCCCUGAGGACACUGGUGACUGCCAGCGGCACUUCCGGUGGGAAUUACGACUUGUUUCAACUUCGCGAUCUGUUGCAGGGCAAAACGUGGCGACUUUUCCUUCUGGGCUUGCUCACGCUACUCUCUGCCGUGUCGCGAUCGGCCCUGAGCAACAUCAUCGCGUACGAGGCAUUUUCCGAAAACGUUCCUUCGCAUGCGAGUACGCUACGAGUGCAGAGGGAUCUUGCUAUUGAUGGGGCAUUCCUUGGGCCUGCUGGCUUGCUUUACCCAAGUAGCAGCUUAAUCAGCUUGGAUCUAUACGACUUCAGCGAUUCGCAGAACGCCCAGGUUGCGAAGGAAAUGGUGUCUCUGCUCACUGGACUGUCUUACGAGAAUGCCGCCUCUAAGUUGACUAACGGUACUUAUGUGGGCAUCAAUGCGACUUCACAAUCGCUGGACAGCCUUCCCCUGACGGUUGUUGAAAUUGACAAUGUACCCGCAUAUCGACUUUCUGUUGACUGCGCUCCUGAUCUGCCAACUUCAAUAUCGGUGUUGCAGCCCCUGUCGCUUAUCAACACCCAAAUAGAGUUGAUGUUGAACACCACUUCAAUAUCCAACAAUACACUCUUUCAGGCCAACUAUCCAGGCGUUCCAGAAGACAUUCAAACGUAUGAUGGAGAUGGCUACAGUUACGCCGGCUUUUCCCUCGGCUCACUAGAGGCGUAUCUUGGGCAUCUACAACGUUUCAACAUGACCAAUGACACAUCACCAUCUAUAUAUGGCGACGUUGGGUUCCGUGCCUUCAACAUGACUGGAGCAGCGCUGGGCUUCACAGGGACGCAGAGCACCAUGUCCGUCAGCGGGAUCCGCUGUAUGCUGUAUCGUGAACGCGGCUUGCUCAACUACACUCGUGCUUCUUCCAACAGCAGCAGCACUAGCACCUGGACCAUUUCCUCCACCCACUUCGACAAUGACCAGGAGAAAUCCAGCAUCCCCUCCAUGCUCGCUCACUUCCAAUGGAGCAACCUCAACUUUCAUGCGCCCGGCGCCGUAAUCCCGGGCCUCGGUCCCGCGCUCUCAAACUCCAUGACGGGACUUCAUGCCGCCACCACAGCCAACGACACCUUCACCGACUUUGCGCUCAACUUCCUCUAUGCUUCGGGCGAGGCACAGCGUAUACUAUACGAAGUUGCUGCGACCAGUACCAAUUCAUCCAAAAAUCUACACGACUACUAUGUCGAUGUCCCGGGCUUCAUAACACAGCAGCAGUACCGCAUCACGUACGUGCCAAGCAUCCUUUUGUUGGGUCUGCUUUGCUUGCUGGCUGCCAGCAUAGUGACCGCUGCCAUGGCAGCGUAUGUGCGCAAUUCAGAUUCGGCACGGGCUCAUCGACGGGUGGAUGUGGUAAGGCUGUUGGUAGAUAGUGUGUCGGGGUUACAAGACUCCAGAGAUGAAUGGGCGAGAAUAGCACAGAAGGGCAACGGAGAUUUGGAUACUUGGGCGGUGGGGUACAAGGUACGUUAUUCGAGGGUAGAUGAUGACGGGGGCACGGUACAGAUAGUUCUGGACAAGCAUGAGGGUUGAUGCGAGUAGAUGUGACUCCUUUUACGAACUCCGCUAUUUCCUCAAGUCUUCUCUUCCUUCUAUGAUUUACCAAGUUCUUCUCUGCUCUUAUAUCGGCUUGAUGUUCACUGUCAACUUAAAGAUCAGAGUUUACUUAUCAAGAUUCCUCGUUUGCCCAGUUCAUCCAUAUUUGACGGCGCACAUCUGAACUGUCCCCACCGCGAACUUGCAAGCUCUACUUCCGAGUCAGCUCCACAAAGAAUAUCAGUAGAUAAAGGUUCAUGCUAAUCUUACAUGUACUCUUCCAUCAUCAAUACGAAGAUUUCAUUUGAUUCAUU